AAGAGUCAAAGAUUGAUGGUUUUCCCUCUUAACUAGUUUCUUCUUCAUAAACACCACCUUUACUGAAAAAUUCAUUCAUCCAAAUAUCCCAUUCAUAGAUAGAUAGAAAAGUCUUAUUUCUCUCCCAUUUCAGAUUAGUAUCAUCAAUCAUGGCUCAGCGCGCUCAUGUACCGAAAUUUGGGGAAUGGGGAAGUGAAGAACCUUACACAGUCUUCUUUGAUACAGCUCGUAAAGGAAGAGGUGGUGGCAAGAUCAUAAACCCAAAUGAUCCUCAAGAAUACCCCGACAUGUUUCCUAAUAUCUCAUCUCAAGAUUCUCCCCCAAGACCCAGACCCAGACCCGAAUCUGAGGAGCCACCAACCUACAAACAACCGCCACCGCCAACAAGGCAGAACAAUGAUCGUAAUAAUGAUGAAAAUAUGAACAGGAGGCCAAAUCCUGGUCAGGUUAAUAGAAACAGAAGAAGUUCUGGAUCAGAUCUAAGCUUUGAACCGUCAUCAUCCCCACUCUAUCCAAAUUAUCAGGCAAAGCUUCAAACGAAAGGCAGCGGCGCUUCCCCUGCAAGAGAAGGGAGGAGUUCGCACAACAGCAGUCAUGGUAUUAAUCAGGGAAGAAACAGAUCAGGAAAGGGGAACAAUAAUGUGCAGCCUGAUAAAGGUAUGGCUAUCCCAAAGUUUGGGGCAUGGAAUGAUGAAAAUCCUACAGCAGAUAAUUACACUUACAUUUUCAAGAAUGCUCAAAAUGAAAGACAUGCUGUCCCCGAGAACUCGGCUAGUAACGCUCCAGCUUAUUCCAACACAAGAUAUCAGGCAGCAUCUCAUGAAGAUGACCACACUAAGAUCUGCUGUUUCCCAUGGUGUAAAAAAUGAGGGUUUACAGAACUCCGGUUUUGUCAUGUUGUACUCAUACCCUUAUAAAAUCUUCGGACUUAUGAUUGAUGAAGAAGUAUCACAUUUUUCGUUCUUCUGGUUUCUAUUGUAUUAUAUUGUAUUGGUGUGCCUUUUUCAUUGCCACAUGAUUCUUUUUUUGGCUUUGGAGUUAAAAUAAAAAUAAGUCUUUUGAUUA